AUGGGGAGCUGGGUAAUGUGGCCAAAAAAACUGAUCAUAUUUGAUGAAAAGAAAAAAACAAGUGGUAAAGCAAGUAGGAAGCAGAAAAGGAAUCAUUUUGCGGAAGAUGUAGAAGAAGAGUUUGACUUGCAGUCACUCGAAUCAAGCUUGCCAGCCGCAUUGCAGAAGUUAUAUGAGUGGGGAAAAGAAGGAUUCAAAGAUCGGAAAGCUGUUUGCUUUUAUAAAGAAGAGCUCGUGUUCGGUAUUAAUGCUAAGAGCUAUCUACUUGGCUUGGAUGUUAAAAGGCUUGCAAACAUGGCGGAAGUAACAGGAACCAUCAUAGUGCUGUACAUGAGGUACUUAUAUGAUGUGCUAAAAAAGUCCAAAAUGGUAGACAUGGUUGGUUUCGUUGACCCAGCCUUGACUGGUGAGAUAGGGUGUGGGAGUGCAACAACGAGGUCCCGAAGUAUAAAAGAUCGCCUCAUAAGUGCUUCUCCAAACCAGAUUUUCUUAGUGCCUUACAAUGCAUCUGCUCAUUGGGUAUUAACUGUGAUCGAUCCGGACAAUGACACUGUCUAUUUCAUGGAUCCGUUAAAAAGACGCCUUGGAGGUAACGGAGAAUGGAAAGAUAUUGUUGACACUGCCAUAUCAAUGUUUAGAGCGGACCGCAACAAGAAAGGACGAGGUUUUCCUCAAUGGAAGAACAUGGCAGGUAUUCCAUCACAGCCAAAUGACAAACAGUGUGGCUAUUUUGUGAUGAGAUAUAUGAGGGACAUCAUACAUGAUACAAACUUGGGUUUUGCAGAAAAGUGGGGUAGGAGAGCUAACCAUGUUUAUAGUCAAGUGGAAAUUGAUGAAGUCCGUAAUGAACUCGCAAGUCAUGUGUUGAAGAACAUCCUGAAGUUGUAA